UAAUUGCGGUCUCCCGACUGGCCUUCUGGGUAGAGUCUGCGCGAGUGGGAGUGGAGCGAGUCGCUUGGUCUCGGCAGCGUUCAUCCAUUCUGUGCGGCACUCCCCGUACAGCUCCGUGCGUCCUCGGUGCAACCGGGGUGUUCUCUACGCUUCUGAAGAAAACGCGGGACGAAAAGCUACACGGAAUAACCUUCAGCAAACCUUCCGAGACACGGAUUCCGGUGUCGGAGAGGACAUGGAGUGACGGUGAGCGGGAGAACGGGGCUUUUUCCGAGGACGGCGUGCUCCGCUGAAACCCAACAUGGCGCUGCUGCGAGGUACGGCCGAGCUGAAUUAAUUUCUCCGCGAGUCCGCCGACCUCGCCACCUGUAUCCUUCGGGGGCCCGGGCCGCACGGCGCAGUGGCUCUCCGACUUAAAGGACCUCUUUUUCUUAUGUGGAUUUCUCUGUAUCCUGACGUUUGUUUUUCCUCCGCGCAGGAUCUUUUUGUUGCUUUAUGGCAACCCAAGUGACAUUUGCAGCAGCAAAAAAGUCCGCUUGAAAUAAAGGGUUAUGGAUGAGAGUUGCCUGUAGACAAUAGAAUAAGGACCGAGAGCUUUAUACGUAAAACUUGUUUUGUUUCGUGACAAGUGGGUAACCUGUUAGACACUUUUAGUUGUUUUUUUUUCUUUGGCCGGGAUUGUCUGUCUCCAGCAGACAGGACCGUAACUGGGCUACGUACGCACGGAUCGCUGUCCUCCUAGUUAACUUGGAAAAACAGGAACAAGGCGUGAGUUGGGGCGCACGGACGACGGCUGGAACUAGCGCAAAUUAACCAGGGCAACAUCUGUUCGUGAUGUCGAUGCUGAGACACAAACCAACCUGGAACUAAGACAAGGGAACCACAUCACACAAAACAUGGUGGAUGCAAGGUUGACGCCGCUGGCAGCGAUGGGGCUGGACCGAGGCACUCUGAUGCACGAUGGUCUUCGUCUCCAUGGUGGGGUUGUGUACCCAGGGAUAAGAGCACUGCCAGCGGAGAAGAGCCGAGAUACGCCUGCCCUUCCCCUCACUUAUAACAGGGAUGGUCUCCCAGAGCUCAUCUAUAAGCCUGAUGGCUCUCUGGACAGUCGAAAGCCCACUAAUGGUUAUCUGGGACUCUACAAAGGCACCCCUCCAGGUCUCCACAAGCCUAUGCUGGUUCCUGGAGCUGGAACUGAAGGUCUAGGCUUGGAACGCAGAGUAGGGCCUGGAGAAAAAGCAUCUGAACUGGGCUUGGCAAGUGCUGGUGGCAGCUACCUCCGCCUACCGUGGCUCAGCCCCUACCCUGAAGCAAGUUUGUAUCCCUUCAUGGACACAUCCAAGUAUGCGGCUCUAAACAUGUACAAAGCCUCCUUGCUCAGCCAACCCAACCCCUAUCUUCCCCAGCACCUGGCCUACCCUUCUCUGUGUGCAGCCCAGGGGGGCAAUGUUAACCCUGCUGCAGCUGCCUCUGCUGCUGAGAGGCUCUACUAUAUGCCCCCCUAUCCUCCUUCUCCCAUCUCUUCUCCCCUGGUGGCGCCCCCAAUGAGGAUUCCUGCAGUCACAGUGGCCCCCACUUCACUGGUACACUGCCAGGACAAGGGGCUUCCAUUUGCACAGCAACUUCAUCAACCUUCCCCUCAUCCUCAGCACCGUCAGGCUGCAAUAGACAGGGACCGUUCCCCGAGCAGGAGCAGCAGACCAAGUAGACCUCCCUCUAGGAAGGGCUCUAGCAACAACAAUAACACCAGUAGCACUAGCACUAGUGGCACCAAUGGUGGGAAUAAUAAUAGUCUGGCUACUGAUUCUUCUCCUCAUGCGUCUUCUCGCCUCCCCCAACCUCCACCUCCUUCUGCUCUCAUUGACAAUUCACUGGAUUUACAAAGGCCAGUCACUAGGAUAGGACAACUACCCACCUCCUCCACUUCUUCUAUAUCUGCCUCAUCCUCAUCCACACAGUCCAUUCCUCAUCCAUUCUCUGUGAGCAGCAUGGCAUCAGAGCAGCCCUCUCCUGCCCGGCCCAGCCCCCACAAACCUAGGCCAAGAGAUGGGGCACCUGAGCACAGAAGUGUAGGGGUUGAGAGGAGACCCAGCAGGUCACCCUCCAAACCCAAUUUUGAGAGGCCAGCUCACCAACCCCAAGCAACCAAAGACUCUGCAGAGAAGCCCUUGGAUUUGUCUGGAAGAAUAUUGGAGUUGGGACUGCCUCCCAAUGGAUUCCCAGUUAAGAUAGACACUAUAGCAUCAGGCGCACGUUAUGGACUGCCCUCUAGCCGAGAGCUCCUGAAGGAAAACCUUUCCCUCUCUCCUUCCUCCCACCCUCACUCUGUGGUCAGCAGCACUUCUUCAAAGGUCCCAGAGAGGCCAGAGAUGAUCAGCACUUUACACUCUUCCUGGGUUGUACCUAGCCCAUCUCCUUCCCAUACACAGCACACACCAGGCUUGCCCCCCUCUCCAAGACCUAACACAGACCUGGGCCUUUCACAAGCCAAAGGCUCCUCACCCUCUGUCAUGAAACACAAGGGUCUGGAGAGAGUACUCCCUCAGCAACGUAGCUCAUCCUGUCCAAGGAUAGGGGAGCCCAACCAUAAUGUUUCCUCCACUCAACACUCCUCUCUGGUCAGCUCCAGGGCUCUUUCUCCCAAACCUGCUGGUGAGUGGGUCAAACAUAGCCCCAGCCAAUCAGAACAUCCACCAAUUGUGGGCCACCACAGAGAGGGAACGGAGAAGUCCUCCCAGACCACUAAGAGAGGUGAAACAACUCCAGAGGUGUCCUCAUACAAGAGGCCCUGUUUAGAGAAUGGUCACCCUCCUGGCCACCUUUACCUUCCUCAAAGUGACGCUUACCUGAACCAUAGUUUGCCCUAUGCCAGUAGAUACGUGCACUACCCCAUCCCUGAUGGCAUUGCACUACACUCCCUGCCAAUUACAGGGAAAGGUCCAGUCUACCAUCACCCAGUAUUGCUGGGCAACAACAGCCUUUACUCAACCCACUUGGCAGCAAAACACCCUUUACCCUACCACAACCUCCCAGCUGGUCCAGGAGGGGAAUACCUCACUUAUAACUCACAGGAGAUGGCCCAUCCCCUGAUGCAGACUCGAUCAGACAACAAGCUGCCAGAAAGAGGAGAUUCAACUUUGAAGCCCCGGGGACAGGAGAAAUCCCGGGGAGCUGUCGAAGAGUGCGGGGGCCUCAGAGAUCACAACAUUGGGAAAGUGAUAGGCGAAGGAAGCCAAUUUAAGCCUGAUAGGGAAGCAGGAGCACAAGGACAGGGUGGCAGUCAAAGCAAAACCCUCUCUUCCGCUGUAAAAUCAAGAGAAAAUAUUGUCUGCAUUGACCUUGUACACUCAGACACCGAUAUUGAGUCUACCCCAACAGUCCACAAACAACCCUCUGCUGAGACCAGCACCAAGGUUAACACAAAUGAAUGUUGUUAUAGUAACCAAAAUCUGACAAAGUCUGACUACGAGCCAAAACACCAGCAACACCUUUCCCAUCCCUAUUCAAUCCACUCGGGACAGAGCCCCACCCUGAAGCCCAAUCACACUGAUAGACAGCCAGAAACUCCCUUUGGAAAACCAAAUGUUCUUCAGGACACAUGCUAUCCUUUGGUGACAUCUAGCACAUCCCCAUCUUCUCCAGGGCAGGUCACCCAAGCAGAGGAGAGCCCGGAGGAACAGAGCCCCAGCCCUGACCCUGGAGACCAUGACCAGAGCACAUUGCACUGUGCCCGCACAUCUGGGGAGCGCAGCUCUGGUAAGGACAAACGGGACAGAGACAGCCGAGCUCUUCACCUCACUCAGCACUGCACAGAUGUGGUGAAGGAGGACAAGGUGUGCGAGAGGGAGACUGAAAAGGAAGACAGUAUUGUUGACCUAGGGGAGUCUCAAGGAGAAGGGGAUGAGGAAGAAGAAGAAGGAGAGGGUAGCCAGACUUCAUCUAAAGGCUCUCGUAGAUCCAGUCUGGCCAAGAGGAUUGCUAACUCCUCAGGCUACGUUGGCGACCGCUUUAAAUGUGUCACCACUGAGCUGUAUGCUGACUCCAGCAAGCUGAGCCGUGAACAGAGAGCUCUGCAGAUGGAAGUCAUAUCACGAGAGGGGAGUAAUAUAAGUCAACCUGCAGCUAACUGGGAGCGGGCAAUGAUGCGGUUCUCGGAGCUGGAGCUGAAGGAGAAGGAGGGCGGCGGUGUGUGUGUGUCUGCCUCGGCAGCGGCUGCAGGACGGGAGCUGGCAGACGGCCAGAGCAGAGAGCGAGCACUGGAACACUGCCAACACACCACCAGGCAGGGAGAGAGGGAGGGUGUCCGGCCGGUGUACGCAAACAACAGAGUUCCAGUCCUCCAGAGGUGUGGGGGCCAGAAGGAGCCUCUGUCCCCAGGGCAUGGGGCCAGAGGUGCCAGCGAAGGAGGGCUAAAGGAUGGAGCCAGGAAGGUGAUAAGGGAGUCUGAAGGAGAUUAUUGUGUGCCCCCCACUUUGACACUGGCAAAAGGGUACCCUGAGGAGAAGGUCAGCCCUGGCUUUGGACCCACCAGGAAACGCCAGCUCUGCCCCAAGGCCGAACAGGAGGACACAGAGAGAGAGGAAGUAGAGAGGGUGUCCCACCCAGAGAAAAGAGCCAAGCUUUCGGAUGAGCAUGAACAGGCCUGUCUUGAUGAAGAUGACGACGAUGAGGUGCGGAAGCUCAAGGUCUGCAUCGAGCUGAAGGGACUGCGACUCAGCAAGCCCUCUGCCAGUGCAGCUUCACCUGACGUGUCCCAAAUCAAACAGGAGAGAGCGUGGCCUCAGCCCCGAUUGGUUGCCCCGGCCCAGAGCCCACGGGAACGCAAGAUCAGGGCUGGUGAGCCAGAGGACAGAGCCGCAGCGCAGAGAGCCGAGAUCAACAGGAAAUGGGGCUGCGAGAAGCUACUUAAUGGAGUAGCUGCUUCUCCCCUUCCCCCCGGCCAACUGAAGGACAGAGCGCAACCGCUGGGACCCUUCUCAGGUGACCGUGGCCUCAAGGAGCCCAGGAGGGGCCCCCCCUCUCCGGCCCCAGAGCUGUCCGUGGGCGGCACCGCUCCCCUCAAGCCCCGUCGCCAUAGUGACACGGACAAACCCAAGGGCAAGCGGCCGUGCAAGACCAAACACACCAGUCAGAGGGAGCGGGAGCGGGAGAAAAGGAAAGAGGCCACACCUAACAGCCCAGGCCAGCGUUGUGUAGCUGAUCUGGGAGCAGCUGAAGAUGACAAGCUGAGUGAGCAGCGUGGCGCUCCGAGGAAGGGAGCCGCCUCUCCUAAUCAUUAUCCCUGCUCUCCAGUCAAGCCCUGCUCCCCUGCCGCUCUCUGUCCACCCUCACUACAGCCCCAGGCAAACGGCCGAGCAGGCGGUGUCCCGCCAGAGGCGGCGGGGGUGUACAGAACCCCCCCUGCUGAGCCCCCCGUGGUCCGUCCGAUCCCGCCAGAGGCUCGUCGGUUGAUCGUGAACAAGAACGCCGGAGAGACUCUUCUCCAGAGAGCUGCACGGCUGGGCUACGAGGAGGUGGUGCUAUACUGUCUGGAGAACAGAGUAUGUGAGGUGAAUCACAGAGACUACGCCGGUUACUGUGCUCUCCACGAGGCAUGCGCCCGUGGCUGGCUCAGCAUAGUCCAACAUCUGCUGGAUUACGGGGCUGACAUCAACUGCAGUGCACAAGAUGGCACCAGACCGAUUCAUGAUGCUGUGGAGAAUGACCACCUGGACGUGGUGCGGGUCCUGCUUUCUUAUGGCGCUGACCCCACCCUGGCCACAUACUCUGGCCGUGGUCUGCUCAAGAUGACCCACAGCGACAGCAUGGAGCGCUUCCUCACUGAUUAUUUUGCUGACCUUCAGGGCCGCUCAGAUGACGACCCAGGGCUUUAUUGGGAAUUCUAUGGCAGCGCUGUGUGUGAGUUGAGCGAAGAGGGUGGUGUCUAUAACAUCCUGGCUGAUCCCCCGGGUCCAGAGGAUGAAGACGAGGAUGAUAGAAGGGAGGUGUUUGAGUUCGAGUUCUCUGACCGCCCUCUGCUGCCUUGCUACAACAUCCAGGUGUCCCUCUCCCAGGGGCCGAGAAACUGGCUGCUACUGUCCGACGUGCUUCGUCGGUUACGGAUGUCCGCUCGCAGUUUCCGACAGACCUUCCCCCACAUGGAGGUGGUGACGGUGGCAGAGGCAGAGUUUUACCGGCAGGCCUCUCUGUCACAGCUCUUCUCCUGCCCAGAGGAGCUGGAGGGCUUCCAGCCGGACAGCAAGGACUUGUUGGACCUGGUGGAAGACAGCGCUGAGCUGGCCGCUCUUCUGGGCUCCACACUGGAGUGUCUGGACGACCGCUGGGACCACCUGGGGAACAAACUGAAGGACAAAAUCAAGGCUGUGGGCAAGUUGGGCUCAUCCUGACCCCUGAAGCCACUAAACCCGGACCUUGAUCCUUACCGACUGCAGUUUGCUUUAGAACCAACCAGGUGUUAUGAUGAUAUGCCUUAGCCUGACCCUUAGUUCCCACGCUUCGACCCUGCUCUGGACCAGCACUGGUGCACUGUACAGAUGGACUGACCUGCUGGCUGACUGGGCUGCUGAAACGUUUAAUCCAUUAACUGAGGAUCAAUACAUUUGUGACUCAAUAGACAUAAUAAUGGUCUUAUUUUUAUAAAUUAAUAUAUGUAUAAAUAAAUAAAUAUCUAUCUAUCUAUAUAGAUAUAUAGAUAUAGAUAUAAAAUAUCAAGAGAUUCUUUUUCUUUCGGACGUUGCUCACGACUCCUCUCUGAAAGAUUUUGUAUGGCAACAGUGUGUAAUCGUGUUGUCAGCGAUUGGAUGGAGUGUGUGAGCACGCAGCACAAUGUGCCUGUGUGUAGCUGUACAGGAUAGUACUGAGACUGUGCUAUUGAAUGUGGUAUUUGUGUUUAUAGGAAGCACAUGGUGUCCUGUUUUUUUGGGUUUUUUUUUUUUUUUUUCUCUCCUCAGACUUUAGCCUAGCUUGAGCCUCAGGGGCUAUUUUGUUGUUGUUUUUUUAAUGUUCAAAUUUUGCUUCCUGAUUAGUCUGUAAUUUAACAUGCAAAACUACAAAAUUGUUUGUAUAAUAAUGUUUUAAAAUGUUGAUAUUCACCCUUCGGCACAGAGCUUGUAUAUAACAAGGAGGCUACUGCAGUAAAGUAAUUUUUUGGUGUGUUCA